GGCCAUCUUGGAGUUAACCAGGCAGUCGACCGGAACGGACUGGAGUUAAAAUGGUGGCCGCAAAGAAAACGAAAAAGUCCUUGGAGUCCAUCAACUCCAGACUGCAGCUGGUGAUGAAGAGUGGUAAAUAUGUCCUGGGAUACAAACAGUCACAGAAGAUGAUUCGCCAGGGCAAAGCCAAGCUGGUCAUCCUGGCCAACAACUGCCCUGCUCUGAGGAAAUCAGAAAUCGAGUACUACGCCAUGUUGGCCAAGACUGGUGUCCACCACUACAGUGGAAACAACAUUGAGCUUGGCACAGCCUGUGGUAAAUACUACAGGGUGUGCACACUGGCCAUCAUUGACCCUGGUGAUUCAGACAUCAUCAGAAGCAUGCCAGACCAACAGCAGGGCGAGAAGUAGAGCCAUGUUUCUUGAAAGUUGUUAUAAAUAAAAUAUGGUUAAAAUGUUCAUAA